AUGAACGUAGACGUAAAAGUUGACGGAACAGAUUGGUCGAAUCCGUUAGGGUUUGAGGGUACAGUGUCCAGGGAGGACACAGCCAUGGCCAUGGCUGACGAACCUGGAAGGAUCUCUUCAGGCGGAGCUGAAUCUCAGCAAGAACACGAUCAGCAACGGCAGCAACAGGAGAAGCCGCGUGAUCAGCUUGCGUCAGGCGCUUCGAUGAUGGCUGACGUGGCAGCUGGCGACGGUGGCGACGGUGGCGACGGGAGCGACGGCGAGGGUUCAGGAGGCGAGGAUGCUCACGCAGGAGUGAUGUUUCCGCGAGCCAACACCAACGCCAAGGGGCAAUGGACGCCGGAGGAGGACGAGCUGCUGCGGAAACUCGUGGAGAAGGACGGAGCCCAGCGGUGGUCCGCCAUUGCUGCACAUCUCAAAGGGCGCGCGGGGAAGCAGUGCCGCGAGCGGUGGCACAACCACCUCAAGCACGGCAUUAAGAAGGACGCGUGGACGGAGGAAGAGGAAGCAAAGCUAGUAGAGGCGCACAGGAAGCUGGGGAACCGGUGGGCGGAGAUUGCAAAACUGCUGCCGGGGCGGACGGACAACAGCGUGAAGAACCACUGGAACUCAACCAUCCGCCGCAAGGAGGAGUCGUCUCGCAGCAAGGCAGUGCAGCGCCCCACACUGCUCCUGAGGUACAUCCAGUCGCUCAAGACCCAGGGGGGGCUGGGGGGAGCAGCAGGCAGCACUGGCGCGGGGGGCAGUAUGGGCGGAGGCGGAGGUGGUAUGGGGGGAUUCGGGGGGAGCAGCUUCUCCAGCGGAGGCCUAGGCGGGUUCAGCACGGGGAUGGGCAUGGGGGGAGGCAUGGGGGGAGGCAUGGGCGGAAGCAUGGGCGGAGGCAUGGGCGGAGGCAUGGGGGGAACCAUGGGCAUGGGUAUGGGCAUGGGCAUGGGCGCAGGGGCAGGGGGAGGCGGGGGGAUGGGGAUCAGCCUGGGGGAGCUGAUGCAGGGGCUCGUGAAGGGGGAACCCGCCUCCCCCUCCGCCUCAGCAGGCCUGGGCGGCUCUGUUUCCGAUGGGGGGAGUUCCGGAGGGGAGGGAGAUGGGCACGAGCAGCAAGCAGGAGUGCGGCAGUCGGGGGGGAGUGGGUUCACCACCGGAGCAGCAGCAGGGGGGAUGGGGGGGAUGAGGCCAGGGGGAAUGGGGGCAGGGGGGAUGGGCGCGGGGGAGAUGGGGCCAGGGGGGAUGGGCGCGGCUGGUUUCAUGCGCUCAUCAUCUCUCUCCAGGGCAGAGUCCCGGGCGCGCCAGCACAGCCGUGGAUCGUUUCUCGGCGCGCGAUCUGGGCCGUUGGAUGCGGGCCGGGGCGGCGAUCGACGGUCGGAGUUGGACCGGGCAGCGGCAGAGUUUCAAAAAGAGAUUGCCAGAGCUUUGCUGGCGCCUGGUAUGGGGGGGGCUGGUAUGGGGGGGGCUGGUAUGGCGCCUGGUAUGGGACGGGCCUUAUCCAUGCCUUUAGGGUAUGCCAACACUGCAAAUGCCCGAGCUGCCGCUGCCGCCAAUGCUGCUGCUGCUGCCAAUUCCGCUGCCAACGCUGGUGGUGGUGGUGGUGGUGCUGGUGGUGCUCCUCCGGGUCUGUCUCUCUCCUUCCCCACUCCCGCGAACCCCGCCCAGUCCUCCUCCUCUGCAGGCUCCCCGUCCAGUCACCCCUUCUUUUCCCGCUCGCGCUUUGCUAAAAGUUCGUCCGUGCCGGGGAGGGUUUCUGCCUCUGGGUCGGAGGAUGGGGGCAGAGGGGGAUGGGGGCGGAGGGGAGGGGACAUGGGCGCAGCAGGGAGAGUAUGGGGAGCAGGGGGAGCGGGGAGAGCAGGGGGAGCAGGGGGGGCAACAGGGGGAGCAGCAGGGGGUGCGGGAGCAGGUGGGGGAGCAGCUGGUUCGGAGCUGCUGGCGCUGCUGCAGUUGGUUCUGGAUCCCUCCCUUGCUGCUACCGCCGCUGCUGCUGCUGCUGGCCCUGGGGGUGGUGAAGGAGGAGGUGUAGGAGGGGCAGGAGGAGGAGGAGGGGGAGGAGGAGGGGGAGGAGGAGGGGGAGGAGGGGCAGUUAUGUCUGCGUUGGAUCAGGUGGCGAGUGUGCUGACUCCCGAACAGCUCGCCCUGCUGCUCAAGCUGCCGGACCUGUCAAUCGACCCGGGCCCGCUGGACUGGGCGGAUGGGGACGGCAUAGACGUGUUUGCACUGGAGGAGGGCGAGGAGCAGGCGCUUGUUCUGGCAGGCACUGCUGCUGCUGCUGGCGCUGCUGGGGGAGCUGCUGGGGCUGUUGGGGAUGGUGGGGUGGCUGGGGGUGGUGGGUUAGCUGGUUUGGCAGCAACGGUAGAGGCACAGGGGGUGCAGCAGGCAGAAGGGUUUUCAGCUCCUGCUGCAGCAGCAGCGCAAGGCACAACAGCAGCGCAGGUUACAGCAGGGCUUUUUACAGCGCCAGUGACUGCUACCACCGCUACUGUCUCUCCUACUGCUCCUCCUGCUUUUGCUGCUCCUUCUGCCCAUCCUGCUGGCUCCGGCUUUUCUUUCCCUGCUAUCAGCCCCAAAGCCAGCCCAACAUCUGCCCCCACUGCUGCUGCCUUCACCGUUGCCCCUACAGCUGCGCCUGCAGCUGCAUCUGCAGCUUCCCCUGGUCUCUCCCUCCUCGCCCCAUUCCCCUCCCCAUCCGCCCCUUGGGGAUCUGGCUGGGACCACGCCCCCUCCCCCGGCAAAUCCAAGCCGUUGAUCGAGGAGCUCCGGUUCCGUCCACGGCUGGGAUUUUCCGAGGAGAUCGGCGCAGGGCGGAUCAGAGAAGCACAUCAAGACGGGGACGGAGAUGAGGACCUGGAAAGCCCCAGCUCCCCGUCCUGGUUCCCGGACCUCCGCCGAACCUGCAGCGACAACCCCCGGUCCGCAUUCCCAGCCUCGGGAGCCUCGUCCCCGGACCACCACGGAACCCGGGGGGAACGGCUCUUUAUACCCCAGAAAAGCGGGCUCGGCGGGGGAAAAAGUGCCGCUGCGUCUCUCACCCUCCCCCCUCUCAUGUCUAAGAAACGAUCUAUCUCCAGUGUGGGUCCUACCAGUCCCCGCUCCCAGUCCCGCUCCCUCCGUCCGUCCCUCCGUCGCAGUGUGGCAGGACCGUUACCAGACGCGCCGGUUACCAUCAUCGAUGGGACGAUCCAGCUGGUGGGAGGGCUGAGUCUCAACUCCAGUAAAGCGGACGGGAGGAGUGGCGGCAGGGGGGACGGGAAGGCGGAUUCCCCGCCUCCUCCCUCGCCCCUGCCGCCUCCCCGGCCGCCGCGGCCACAGGCGUUUCUAGGAGGAGGCAGCGAGAAAGGGGGUGGGGGAGGAGAGCAGCAGCAGGUGGCAGCAGCAGGAGGAGCGGGAGGAGCGGGGCUGUGGGGCAGUUUCAGCAGCAAGCAGAGCCGGGCGCUGCUGCAGGCAAACCAGCUCAACCUGUCCCCACGGUCAGGAGGACCAGGGGGAGGGGCCUCCUCGUUUGCACAGGACAGCGGGUUUGAGGGGGAGGUAGAUCUGGUGAAGGCUGGUGGCUGGGGGAAUGCGGGCAGUGCAGGGGGAGCAGUUGGGGCAGGUGGGGCAGGAAUGGGCGGAGAAGACGGGGAGUUGGGUGGGGAGAUGGGCGGGGAGGUAGGCGUAUCUGGGCAGGCUAUACCUGCGUGCCAGCCGUUCAGGAUGAACCUGGCGAAUGCGAGGUUCAACCGCAGCCGCAGCAUGCCCAUGGAGCGUCCGCCGCCCAGGAGAGGUAGCAGUGCGGUGGGGACCGGUGGGCAUGGAGUGGGCAGGAGUAGCGGUUUGGGUGGGAGCGGUGGUGCUGGUGCUGGGGGGACGAUGGCUAGCCGCUUUGCUUUCCAGGGCAAUGCUGGUUCUUCCAGCGGUGGUAGCGGUGUGGGUGCUGCCACUGCUACUGCUGCUCUGCGUGCUGGUGCAGACACUCCUAUGGGUGGAAACACGGCAGGUGGCAUUGCAGCAACAACAGCAGAAGUAGGAGGCAUAGGAGGAGGAGCCACAGCUGGGGUAGCAGGGGCAGCAGGCAGCGGGUCAGGGGCAGGGGAGCUGCUAGACUCCAAUGUGGCUGAUCUGGUGGCCGCAUGGCUGUCAGAAGAGAGUCCGAACGGUGUGGACGGCAGUGGUGCGGGAGGCACACAGCAAGGGAAUGGGGGAGGAGCGCAGGGGGUGGGAGGGAUUGUGGGUGGGGGUGCGAUUGGGGGUGAGCUAGUGCAAGGGGGGGAGAAUUCGCGGCCGAGUUUGGCGCAGCUGCAGCAAGCGAUUGGGGAGCAACUGAAGGGAACUGGGCCAGAGUCUCUGUUUCCCUCGCCUGGGAUUUUCCCUGAAUCACGGCGUUAUGAGCCGUACACGAAGGAGACUGUUACGAAGGAAGAUGCGACGGACAGCUUCACGACUUUGUAUGCAGCGAUUACUGUAGAGGUGGAGGAGGUGAUCGAGAAAUCAAAUGCAGCUGUUAUUGAGAGGAAUCUGGCCAAGGUCGCUGUCCUCAAUGCCGAGAUCAGGCGAGCUAAAGACAUUCUGCAGAAGGAGAUUCAAAGGCUCGAGAAGCUCGCACAUCGGAAGGUCAAAGGAGUUUCAGCUGACGAGGCUGCGAAGAGGCCAGACAUGGUCACAGCGCUCUUGGAAAAGGUUCAGGCAAUUCCUGAUGGCAUUGCGCGAGGAGGUGGGAGGACCGUCGCAUCUUCACGGGGUGUUUCAGACGUCCAGAUUGACGCUCUUGAAAUGGGCGACUCUGGACCAAUCGGAGAUCACUUUAUCUCAACGGCUGAAUCCAGGGCUUUCAGAAGUGAAUAUACCCGCCGAGUCCAGAAGCAGGAUGUCGAGCUCGAGUACAUCUCCAGUGGACUUGAGAAACUGAGGCAUCUUGCUCAAGAUAUGAAUGAGGAAAUGGAUCGUCAAGAGCCAAUGCUAGAAGCAGUAGAGAACAAGGUUAACUCGACAACUCACACGCUAAGGAACAAUAAUAAGAGGUUAAAGGAGAUUUUGACCGAGGUCCGAUCACCACGGAAGUUCUGCAUUGACCUUAUACUUAUCCUUGUGCUUCUUGGGAUUGGAGCAUACCUCUAUAGUGCUCUCAAGUGA